CGCGUAUUAAACCGAGCGGCAUCUCCUCGCUCAGCAGUAACACCGACUCCAGAGGACCCGUGUCGCUCUGAGGCCCCUUCCAGCGCUUUGAAACUCUUCCGGGGCUUUAAUCCCGACACGGGCACCACCGAGCGCGAGCGAUGUUCGCGACAUCGUCCCUCUACCUGACGGCCGUGCUCUGCCUCGACACGGGAGGAGCAGCCAUAGCGUCUCCUCUCGCCGGGUUCAACUCCUGGCACGGGCGUCGCCUUCCUCAUCCUCGUCUUGUUUCCCUUCCUCCUCCUGAAAUCGUUGGUGCUCUUUCAAGUCAGGACUUGGCGUCUUCGCCUCUGUCUGGUGAAUUUGCCUUGAUCAAGACGACGCUGGAUUUGCCGGGGUCACCCGCAAUUCCCGGCCGCAAGAUUCCACAACCUGCGGCGCCUCAACUACUCGCUGCGCAGAGGGGGGGGUUUCUGCACGACGCGCGCUUGGCGCAACACAAAACGCAAGUUGCGAGCAACAAAGUUGACCUGUACAAGCGAAUCUUUCUUGCUGCUGCUGCUGCUGCAGGGAACGCAAACUCAGCAGACGCCUCUGAGUUUCACCACGAGUCGACCUCUCACCAGAUCCGUCACUCUCCUGCUGACUACAAGAUUGAAAAACAAAAAACCCACAGCGUGGAUUUUGCUACUUUAACGAAGCAAUUAUUCUUCAAAGGAGGAAGAUUUCACAGGCAACAGGGUCACACGUUAUUUGGGACCUCUGCUUUGACGGAAGAUGAAGGUUUCAGUUCAACCAGGCCAUUAGAGUCAUCAGAUUAUGAGCGGCCAUUCCAGGUAUCGCCGUCUGACUUUCCUGACUCAAAUGCGGCCGGACUCUUAGCCAAAGGAGACUCUGUGAAUUCAGCAUUGAUGCCUCCUCUACCUCCGCCUCCAACAGGACUCUUAGCCAAAGGAGACUCUGUGAGUUCAGCAUUGAUGCCUCCUCUGCCUCCGCCUCCAACAGGACUCUUAGCCAAAGGAGACUCUGUGAAUUCAGCAUUGAUGCCUCCUCUACCUCCGCCUCCAACAGGACUCUUAGCCAAAGGAGACUCUGUGAGUUCAGCAUUGAUGCCUCCUCUGCCUCCGCCUCCAACAGGACUCUUAGCCAAAGGAGACUCUGUGAGUUCAGUAUUGAUGCCUCCUCUGUCUCCAACAUGGACCGAUGAGAAUGAUGACGGAUCUGCCACAUCAGCCCCGAGCCAGGAGGAUGACGAGAAGACGGUGGUGGCGAUGAUGGCGGAAGACAACCGAAUGCGAGGUGCGUACGAUAACAAACAGAAGAACGUCAAGGAAGUGGAAAAGGAUUAUGAGGGGCUGGAGAAAGAAAGACAUCUGGAGGCCAAAAAGGAUGGACCUAAAACCACAGAUACACCACACACAGAUACAUUAUUUCGAGAUAAUGCAGCGAAGGUGAUAAUUGUACAACAAAUAGACUACACUGAGAUGAAAGACGAGGUGGAGGGAUCCUCAUCAGGCCAGUUGGAAAAUACAAAUCUAGAAGAUGGAGAGAAAGAAAGAGAACACGAAAAGUUAAGUAAAACGGCGAUAUUCAAAAGCGAAACUAAGCUCCUGAACGAGAAGAGAAAGGAGAACGCCCUCGACCAGAAGAGAGAACGCGCGAAACAGAACAAAGAGCUCGUCGAGGCUUCACCGCGUGGCGGCCACGUGGCGGCGCGCGUCGACGCCACAGUGGUGGUGUCACGUGACGGAGCCGCGCGCUCUUGGCGGGAAUUCGUGGCGCGUGCUGAGGGAGAGGAGAAGGAGGGAGGGGCGAGGGGUGGGGGGAUCCUCACCCUCCCCGUGCAGGCGCAGGACCUGCGAGCCGACGAGUGCCGCGCCAUCCCUUUCCAGCAGCGCGUGUGGGUGUCUGGCUGCGAGCCGGUGCUGGUGGACAACGCCUUCUGCCUGGGCCACUGCGGCUCGUUCCACGUGCCCCGCGUCGGCGGCACGGCGCUGGCGGCGUCGUGCGCGUGCCUCCCGGCCGGAGAGGUCACGCGCGCCGUCUCCCUGCGCUGCGGGUCCGGCGCGCGGGCCACCGUCAUGCGCCGCGCCAUCGGCGUCGUACGCGGCUGUGCGUGCACGGCCUAGCGGCGCCGCCUUCCUCUGCCUCUUCCAGGACUCGUCCUCCUCGUAUUCCUCUUUUACAUUUGCGCAACCGAGCCGCGCUGGUUUCCGUGCCGAGCCAGCUCCGGGCGGCGUGGCUCAGGAGGCACUUGGGUGGUCCCCCCCCCCCCCCACUGCUGAAGGCGAACCGUGCCACUGACGUCGCACACAAUACGCGCGUGUAGAUGGCACGGUUACGUUGUAUCCGCGCAGCGCGUGUCCUCACAGCGUCGUUAGCCCUGCCCCUGGCGCUGCUUGACUCCAAGCCUAGGUGCAGAUGUUUUCUGAGGUUAGCGUAUCACGGUUUGGUCAUCGCUCGGCACGGUUAAUUACCAAUGGAAAACCGCCCGUACCGUGACAGCCUCGUGCUGCCUAAGCUCGGAUGUUUCUUUGGAAAAAGGGGUAAUAUUGGGCAGCUGUGCUGGGAAAUGUGAACGUUUUCCCAGGGCAUGAAAAAUACGUUGUAUUAUAACACACUACCCAAUACAAUGCACCUACAUAUAGCUCUCCCCUCUGCCAGUAUUGUGAGAUAGUUUCAGUGUUUUGUACCUGAGAGAUGGCAACCCUAGCACCACCACCACCAUGGGCUGAUGAGGAAGUCGAAGCUCAAAACACACAAAAAUAAAAAGCAGCUCUCAUCUGGUAGCUAACGCAUGUACACUGGGUCCACUUAACAUAGAACUUCUAUGAUAUGAAAAGGGUCAUUUCUAAAAACGUCGCCUGUAUUUCUUCUAAGGCCACAGUGUUCUUGACGCAUUUGUUGAGGUUUUUCUGCAGUAUACAGCUGAAUUCCAGUCAUCAUCACCGUGCAGCAGAUGUGGGAGGUCGACGACCACUGGAUGUGGAAGCCUGAAGAGGUUUGCCAAGGGCCUUGCAGAUUUUAUUUCGUUAAUCUCUAAGAUUAAAUUAUCAAAAUAAAUGUGAAAAUACGAGAGAGAAUUACACAUCUAAAGUUCACCUUAAAACACAUUCCCGAGGACAAAUGUGUUUUGGAAAGUCUUUCAAAAUCCAUGCGUAUGCAUGAUUUUUCCAUCUUACAAUCUUGUAAUUGUGACACUGGGCUAUUUUCCAGUUGGCUCUUAAACUGACCUUAUUGGCAUUGCAAUACCAAUCAAAGUACUUGAUGUUUUAGUGCCAGAGCAAUUAAAAGUUACUUGAUGCCAAGUCUAGAUUUUUUUUACGUCAGUUCAUUACGGAGAGAAUGGACUUUUUAUUAAAGUUAAUGACCAGCAAAUGACGCAUUUGAUUUAAUGACUAAGUAAUUGACAUGUCAUUCGUCAGUGUUAUGCGUUGCUUAGUUGAGAGAACAAUUGUUCGUUGUGUGUUUAAAUAUAAUGAUUUGUACUUGUAGUUUAUUGUGACAAGGCUUAAUGAAGCAUUGACUCUAAAACUGCUUUACAUUUGCCGCAUUAACGUUCGGGAAUAGUUUUACAUAUUAUUAACAUAUUGAAAAUGUUAACAUAUUGUAAAUGUUAACAUAUUAUUAACAUACCGUAUGGUUUGUUUCCAAAACAAUGGUCUCGUGUGAUCGAUUCAUACCCUGAUUUAGCGAAACAAGUAUUUGGUGUCCAUGUGAGCCGAUACAGUUGCAAACGUUAUAGGGUGCAAGAGAGUGACUGAAGGGACAUGAUAAUAUAUGAUAAUCAUUUACUGGAAAUCGCGGGCUUAAUUUCUCAGAGCUGGAAAGUAUUGGGUGGCACAUGAUUAGUUACCACAGCUAUCGGUAGAGGUGUACUGGAUGCGGUGUGCAGGGUGUGGAAAUAUUCGCCAACUCAGCCAGGCCUGGCUAAAAUUAAGCCCUUCGUGCAAUUGAGAAGCAAUAAUCACCUCUCAUCCAUCAAGUUACGCUUUAGCAAUAAUCACAUUGGAGUUACGCUUUAGCAAUAAUCACAUUGGAUGUGAGCAGUUAAACCGUGAAUUGUCACGGAAACCUGAAGGCCUCUCGGUUUUACCUGUUUUCCAAUUACAAUGGAUUCCGGUGCUCUUUGUGCAUAAGCGCUGUGGCCAAACCGCGACUCCCAAUCCAGGUAAUUCGCUCAACCGAGGCUGCUGAGAUGCAACGUUUUGAUGUAAAGCUAUGUGAAACAGAAGAAAAUAAGCAUUUGUUGAAGCAGCAGCUGCUGCCCGGGACCGCUCGCCUCUUGCAGCGUAGCCAGAUAAUUGAACUCCCCGGCAGUUUCUGCGGAUUUCUAUAUUUAAACUCCCGCAGCCAAUCAGCACGAGCGAAAUGAAUCAAGUGAAAAGUCCCGCGUGUUUUGGGAGCUCAGCCACGUGGAGUGUUUGGUUUGUAGCUCGGAGGAUCACAGGAGCUUUGGUCGCCCCUGAUCUAAAACAUUUGGCUUGUCUCGGGGUAUUGUGCUAGGUCCCUCUCCACACACAGACCAGCUGACGUUAACAUUAGUAACGUUGCCAUGUAUACAGCUUAGCAUGCAAUAUGGCACAGAUGUUGAAUGACUAAAAUGAUCUUACUAACCGUACAAAACGCAAUGUAUCAAUGAAGAAAUGUGUAUUGUGUAGAACUUGCUAACGUGACGAAGUGACCCUGUUUAAGGGCCGUAACAUAUCUAUCGUUAUUUAUGAAAGAUUUUCGUGACGAUCAUCACUUUUUAAAUGUAUUUUAUAUACGUCUUCAUUGUGGUUGUGACAAUACAUGCCAAGAGCACACGUGUACUCCUGUGCUGUAUAAUUAUGUAUGCUCAUAAUUGCAUGUGAGAUUACGGAGUUUUGCACAAAUAAAUAUUGAUGACACCGUG